GGGCUGCAGAUGCUGCUGACCACGGCCGGAGCCUUCGCCGCCUUCUCGCUCAUGGCCAUCGCCAUCGGCACCGACUACUGGCUCUACUCCAGCGCGCACAUCUGCAACGGCACCAACCUGACCAUGGACGACGGGCCCCCACCCCGCCGCGCCCGCGGCGACCUCACCCACUCGGGGCUGUGGCGGGUGUGCUGCAUCGAAGGGAUCUACAAAGGGCACUGCUUCCGGAUCAAUCACUUCCCUGAGGACAAUGAUUAUGACCACGACAGCUCGGAAUAUCUCCUCCGCAUCGUGCGAGCCUCCAGCGUCUUCCCCAUCCUCAGCACCAUCCUGCUGCUACUCGGAGGGCUGUGCAUCGGUGCCGGCAGGAUCUACAGCCGCAAGAACAACAUCGUCCUCAGUGCCGGCAUCCUCUUUGUGGCUGCAGGCCUCAGUAACAUCAUAGGAAUCAUCGUCUACAUUUCCAGCAACACAGGCGACCCAAGUGACAAGCGAGACGAAGACAAAAAGAACCAUUACAACUACGGCUGGUCUUUUUACUUUGGAGCCCUGUCCUUUAUCGUGGCUGAGACCGUGGGCGUCCUGGCUGUAAACAUUUACAUUGAGAAAAAUAAAGAGUUGAGGUUUAAGACCAAACGGGAGUUCCUUAAGGCUUCUUCCUCUUCCCCCUACGCCAGGAUGCCAAGCUACCGGUACCGGCGACGGCGCUCGAGGUCCAGCUCCAGGUCCACCGAGGCCUCGCCAUCCAGGGACGCCUCCCCCGUGGGCCUGAAGAUCACGGGGGCCAUCCCCAUGGGCGAGCUGUCCAUGUACACGCUGUCCAGGGAGCCCCUGAAGGUGACCACCGCCGCCAGCUAUAGCCCUGACCAGGAGGCCGGCUUCCUGCAGGUGCACGACUUCUUCCCGCAGGACCUGAAGGAGAGCUUCCAUGUCAGCAUGCUCAACCGCAGGACGACCCCCGUGUGA